AUAUAUAUAUAUAUAUAUAUAUAUAUAUAUAUAUAUAUAUAUAUGUGUGUGUGUUCUGUUACAUGUAUGUUUUCUCCUGUGUAAUUCAGUCUUUUAUGUUUAUUGAUGGUCCUGUGAUGCCAUCUACUGGCGGACUUUGGUAUCUUUCUGGAAUAUGUUCCGAUAUGCAUGCCUUUCACUCCAUUACACUACAUUCACUUGAUCGGAAAGCAUGGUACUCGCACUCGUCUUCAUAAUUGCGUCUCCUCUGGUUUCAAGUUAGCCUUUGAAAGCAUCGUUGGUACGUUAUCUGUAUUGCUAUGUUAAGGGGGUUUGAUGUAAAAUGAGAUUAAGGAAACUUUGUAAACAAAUUAGAUGGAUGGAUAUUCUUACAUGAGCAAGCUAACUUAGUAGCUAAGCUAAUUUUACAGCAUUCUGUUAUUCUCAUACUGAAAUGCUGUACUUCCAUUCCUCAGUUUUACCCUACUUCACCUCACCAUAAAGAGUGAACUGCAACUUUUGGUCUGCGUGGUUUGAUGGAGAGGAGUUUAUACCAUCUGUCAACCCUGGCAAGGUGCUGGGGGUAGAGGGCAGAACAAGAGAAAGACACACACACACACACACACACACACACACACACACACAUCCAGACCCAUCCAUACACAUCCUCUUAUUAAUAGUAAAUCAUGCGCAUUUAUACAAAAUAUAGGAAUAAAAAGGAGCACACUGCAAUCUCAGUAGAAGUCAUGGGCGAAAAAUAAAGAAACCCCAAAAUUGCACACGCAUAUAUAUAUACAUAAAAACAUGGUAAAAGCAUGCAAGAAGUAUUAAAAACACACAGGGUAAAGGUAAGUGCUGGCAGAUGAGUGCAAAAUAGAUAAAAUGAUUAAAUAAAUAAAUAGGAAUAUAUAAAAAGAUAAAUAAGACAUAGUAAAACCAUUCACACGUCCAUCCCAUCCUUCCACAUAGAAGAAGCCUCCAAUGAAUAAGAGGGUAAGGGUUAGGGUUAUGGGUAGCAUAGCCCUAACCCCCGUCCCCGAGCCCAAUGGACGCUGUCCUGGGUCGUCUGGAGUUGAAGGAGAGACCGUUGUUUAAGGUGACCACAUCGGGGGUCCACCUCCUCUAUGCUGUCUCUCACAAAGCUGCUGAAGGCCUCAGUGCAGUGGAGCUGGUGAAGGGAUAGCUCGAUGGAAACAGAGGAGAGGAAUGACGAGGCGGGCCCGCGGGACUUCAGCUCUGGCUGUUCCAACGCGACGUCGAUGUCUUUGAUAACGGUCUCCAGUCUACUAUGGAUGAGGAGAUAGAGGUGGGGGGUCCUACCUCUAAGACCACUCUGUCUGGGGAACCUGGCCGCCAGAGCAAAGCUAAGAGAAGAGUCCAGCAGCAGAGAGCAGACUCCCCUGGACCCAGCUGUGUCUCCAUGAAGAGUGACUGGUCUAUGGAUCAUCCUGUUACCUUUAAAGAUGGAAAUCAGUCUAUUGAGAAGAGAAGAGUCCAGCAGCAGAGAGCAGACUCCCCUGGACCCAGCUGUGUCUCCAUGAAGAGUGACCACUCUAUGAAUCCUCCUGUUAAGUUUAGAGAUGGAAAUCAGUCUAUUGAGGCGAGCCCUGAGCAGCAGCAGAAAGCAGACUCCCCUGGACCCAGCUGUGUCUCCAUGAAGAGUGACCACUCUAUGGAUAUACCAUUUCAAUUUAAAGAUGGGCGCCCCUCCAGAGAGGAGAGCCCAGAGAAGCAGGAGAGAGCAGACUCCCCUGGACCCAGCUGUGUCUCCUUGAAGAGUGACUGGUCUAUGGGUAAACCAUUGAACUUUAAAGAUGGACGCCCCUCCAGAGAGGAGAGCCCAGAGAAGCAGGAGAGAGCAGACUCCCCUGGACCCAGCUGUGUCUCCUUGAAGAGUGACUGGUCUAUGGGUAAACCAUUGAACUUUAAAGAUGGACGCCCCUCCAGAGAGGAGAGCCCAGAGAAGCAGGAGAGAGCAGACUCCCCUGGACCCAGCUGUGUCUCCUUGAAGAGUGACUGGUCUAUGGGUAAACCAUUGAACUUUAAAGAUGGACGCCCCUCCAGAGAGGAGAGCCCAGAGAAGCAGGAGAGAGCAGACUCCCCUGGACCCAGCUGUGUCUCCUUGAAGAGUGACUGGUCUAUGGGUAAACCAUUGAACUUUAAAGAUGGACGCCCCUCCAGAGAGGAGAGCCCAGUGAAGCAGGAGAGAGCAGACUCCCCUGGACCCAGCUGUGUCUCCUUGAAGAGUGACUGGUCUAUGGGUAAACCACUGAACUUUAAAGAUGGACGCCCCUCCAGAGAGGAGAGCCCAGAGAAGCAGGAGAGAGCAGACUCCCCUGGACCCAGCUGUGUCUCCAUGAAGAGUGGCCGCUCUAUGGAUCAUCCUUUUAACUUUAAAGAUGGAAAUCAGUCUAUUGAGAAGAGAAGAGUCCAGCAGCAGAGAGCAGACUCCCCUGGACCCAGCUGUGUCUCCAUGAAGAGUGACCACUCUAUGGAUCCUCCUGUUACCUUUAAAGAUGGAAAUCAGUCUAUUGAGAAGAGCCCAGAGCAACAGCAGAGAGCAGACUCCCCUGGACCCAGCUGUGUCUCUAUGAAGAGUGGCUGGUCUAUGGAUCAUCCUGUUACCUUUAAAGAUGGAAAUCAGUUUAUUGAGAAGAGACAGAAGAGGUCAAAGGUUACCAGUGCUCAGUCUCUACAGCAGCAUCAAACAGAGCUGAUCAAGAGGGCUGAGGAGAACGCACACACUUUUCUAGACAUGGAGCUGAAGAAGCUCUGGAGGGAUCUCUUCUCAGAUUACCCACAAUGCUCAGAGGGUCAGAGAGUGGAGGGGGAGGAGGUGGAUGGUAAGAAGGAGGAGCAGAGGAGGCGCGCCAUAGAGGGAGUGGUGGACAUCACAAAGCUCUGCCUGAUGUUGAUGAACCAGGAGGAACUGGCCGACACACUGGGGGGCGGAUCUGCUGCUGUCGAUUGCCAACAUAAAAUAAUGUAUAAUUUGAAGAAGAAGUUCAGGUGUGUGUUUGAGGGAAUCGCUAAAGCAGGACAGCGAACAGAUCUGAACGACUUCUACACAGAGAUCUUCAUCACAGAGGGAGGCAGUGGAGAGGUCAACAAGGAACAUGAGGUCAGACUGAUUGAAACCGCUUCCAGGAAACGAGCCAUGGAAGAAACACCAAUCAGAUGUGAAGACAUCUUUAAACCCUUACCUGGACACGAUCAACCAAUCAGGACGAUAAUGACAACUGGAGUGGCCGGCAUUGGUAAAACCGUCUUAACACACAAGUUCACUCUGGAGUGGGCUGAGGGCAAAACCAACCAGGACAUACACUUCACAUUUCUCCUCACUUUCAGAGAGCUGAAUUUACUGAAAGGGAAAGAGUUUAGCUUGGUGGAACUUCUUCAUCACCUCUUUAUUGAGACCAAAGAAGCAGGAAUCUGCAGAUUCGACUGGUUCCAAGUUGUCUUCAUCUUGGAUGGUCUGGAUGAGUGUCGACUUCCUCUGGACUUCCAGAGAAACCCGAUCUGGACUGAUGUCACAAAGUCCACCUCGGUGGACGUGCUGUUGACCAACCUCAUCAGGGGCGACCUGCUUCCCUCCGCUCGCAUUUGGAUAACCACACGCCCUGCGGCAGCCAAUCAGAUCCCUGCUGAGUGUGUUGACAUGGUGACAGAGGUGAGGGGGUUCACCGACGAGCAGAAGGAGGAGUACUUCAGGAAGAGAUUCGGAGAGGAGACGAUGGCCAGCACAAUCAUCUCCCACGUCAAGAAAUCACGAAGCCUCCACAUCAUGUGUCACAUCCCAGUCUUCUGUUGGAUCACUGCUUCAGUUCUGGAGGACAUCUUCAAAAAAUCCCAGAUCGAAGAGAUGCCCAAGACCGUGACUCAGAUGUACAGCCACUUCCUGAGGGUUCAGUCCAUACAGGGGGACAGGAAGUACCAUGGAAGGGCUGAAACCGAUCCAGACUGGAGUUCAGAGAGCAGGGAGAUCAUCGUUUCUCUUGGGAAACUUGCUUUUAACCAGCUGGAGAGUGGCAACCUGAUCUUCUACGAGGCAGAUAUGGCAGAGUGUGACAUUGAUAUCAGAGCAGCCUCAGUGUACUCAGGAGUGUUCACCCAGAUCUUUAAAGAGGAGUGUGGGCUGUACCAGGACAAGGUGUUCUGCUUUGUCCAUCUGAGCAUCCAGGAGUUUCUGGCUGCCCUUUAUGUCUUUCUGUCCUUCAUCAACGAUGGUGUCAAUCUGCUCUCAGAAGAACCACCAACCUCCAGUAAAGAUAAACUCCUCCUCUACCAGAGUGCUGUGGACAAGGCCUUACAGAGUGAGAACGGACACCUGGACUUGUUCCUCCGCUUCCUCCUGGGCCUCUCUCUGGAGACCAAUCAGAUUGUCCUACGAGGUCUGCUGGGACAGAAAAAACGAUCACUGAUUAAAACAGGUCUGCUGCGUCUGAAAGGAAGUAUGUCACGGACCAAUAAGGGAACAGUGUCACAGAUCAAUGAGGGAAUAGUGUCUUACAUCAAGGAGAAGAUAAAAGGUGAUCUAUCUCCAGAAAGAAGCAUCAAUCUGUUCCACUGUCUGAAUGAGCUGAACGACUGUUCUCUAGUGAAGGAGAUCCAACAGUACCUGACAUCAGGAAGUCUCUCUGGAGAAUCUCUCUCCCCUGCUCAGUGGUCAGCUCUGGUCUUCAUCUUACUUACAUCAGAAGAGGAGCUGGACGUGUUUGACCUGAAGAAAUACUCUGCUUCAGAAGAUGGUCUUCUGAGGCUGCUGCCAGUGGUCAAAGCCUCCAAAACAUAUCUGCUGAAUGGCUGCCAUCUGUCAGAGAGAUGCUGUAAAGCUCUGGCCUCAGUUCUCAGCUCCAACUCCUCUAGUCUGAGAGAGCUGGACCUGAGUACCAAUGAUCUGCAGGAUUCAGGAGUGAAGCUGCUCUCUGCUGGACUGGGGAGUCCACACUGUACGCUGGAAACUCUCAGGCUGAAUGGCUGCCAUCUGUCAGAGAGAUGCUGUAAAGCUCUGGCCUCAGUUCUCAGCUCCAACUCCUCUAGUCUGAGAGAGCUGGACCUGAGUACCAAUGAUCUGCAGGAUUCAGGAGUGAAGCUGCUCUCUGCUGGACUGGGAAGUCCCCACUGUACGCUGGAAACUCUCAGGCUGAAUGGCUGCCAUCUGUCAGAGAGAUGCUGUGAAGCUCUGGCCUCAGCUCUCAGCUCCAACUCCUCUAGUCUGAGAGAGCUGGACCUGAGUACCAAUGAUCUGCAGGAUUCAGGAGUGAAGCUGCUCUCUGCUGGACUGGGGAGUCCCCACUGUACGCUGGAAACUCUCAGGCUGAAUGCCUGUCAUCUGUCAGAGAGAUGCUGUGAAGCUCUGGCCUCAGUUCUCAGCUCCAACUCCUCUAGUCUGAGAGAGCUGGACCUGAGUACCAAUGAUCUGCAGGAUUCAGGAGUGAAGCUGCUCUCUGCUGGACUGGGGAGUCCACACUGUACACUGGAAACUCUCAGGCUGAAUGGCUGCCAUCUGUCAGAGAGAUGCUGUGAAGCUCUGGCCUCAGUUCUCAGCUCCAACUCCUCUAGUCUGAGAGAGAUGGACCUGAGUACCAAUGAUCUGCAGGAUUCAGGAGUGAAGCUGCUCUCUGCUGGACUGGGGAGUCCACACUGUACACUGGAAACUCUCAGCUUGUCUGGCUGCCUGGUCACACAGGAAGGCUGUGCUUCUCUGGCCUCAGCUCUGAGCUCCAACCCCUCCCAUCUGAGAGAGCUGGACCUGAGCUACAAUCACCCAGGAGACUCUGGAGCUGCGGUGCUCUCUGCUGGACUGGAGGAUCCACGCUGGAGACUGGACACUCUCAGUGUGGAGCACGGUGGAAUGUGGAGGCUGAAACCAGCUCUAAAGAAGUAUGCCUGUGACCUCACACUGGACCCCAACACGGCCCACAGAGACCUCUCUCUGUCUGAGGACAACAGGGAGGUGACGUGGUUUGGAGUGGACCAGUCGUAUCCGGAUCACCCAGACAGAUUUGACUCCCAGUCCCAGGUGUUGGGUAGAGAGGCUCUGACUGGCCGCUGUUACUGGGAGGUAGAGUGGGAAGGAGUGGUUGAGAUAGGAGUGACAUACAGAGGAAUCACAAGGAGAGGACGGGGUGGUGACAGCAGGCUUGGAGUGAACAACAAGUCCUGGGUUCUUCAUUGUUCUGAUGGUGGUUACUCUGCCCGGUACAACGUUACAGUGACAGACCUCCCUCUCCCCCCCGCUGGCUCCACCAGAGUAGGAGUGUAUCUGGACCGGCCUGCUGGCUCUCUGUCCUUCUACAGAGUGUCCCCAGGUGGAGGAGGGUCCUCAGACACACUGACACGCCUCCACACCUUCUGCUCCUCCUUCACCCAGGAGGACCUCCUCCCGGGGGUGUUGGUAGGGUGGGGGUCCUCAGCGUCUCUGUGUCGGUUGUAGAAAACAAAACGGGCCCGGAGCCCCGGGGGCCAACGUGUAUAUGUGCGUUUGUGAACGUGUAGUUGUGUGUGUUGUAGAACAAUGGAGGGGGGGGUCAGCGGGGUGACUAGACUUUGUGCCCCGGCACACGCACAAACACACACGUACACUUACACACAUACACGUUCACACACACAUAGUCUCUCUCUCUCUCUCUCUCUCUCUCUCUCUCUCUCUCUCUCUCUCUCUCUCUCUCUGUCUCUCUGUCUCUCUCUCUCUCUCUCUCUCUCUCUCUCUCUCUCUCUCUCUCUCUCUCUCUCUCUCUCUCUCUCCCUCUCUCCCUCUGUCUCUCUGUCUCUCUGUCUCUCUCUCUCUCUCUCUCUCUCUCUCUCUCUCUCUCUCUCUCUCUCUCUCUCUAUCUCUUUCUCUUUCUCUCUCUUCUUUAAAGUAUAACAUGAUAAACCAUGUAAAGACUUUUAAGAUUUCCCAUAGUUAGAUAAGCACAUUCAUUAUUGUAAUUGUAUAUAAAAUACCUAUUGAUGGUUAAUCUUUGUAUAAUUUCAGACUUCACCAGUUUUGGUCAUCAGGACUCUGAUAUAAUUUUUGUCAUAAUCCUGAUUUACGACCUGAUUUAAAGCAGAUUUUAUGUUUUAUUCAUAAUAACCAAGAGGUCUGUGGGAUAAUGUUGCAUGUUGUAAAUGACUUUAAACUGAAUCUUGAUUUUUUGUGUUCUGUUGGGAAUCAAGCGGCCGCAGAACAUGUUCAGUUAUUAAAGAUACGUGCACACCUGUUGAUGAAAGUCUGCUGCUUCUAUUGUUUUAGUCCUUUGUUUUUGUGUUUAUUGUGUACAUGUGAGGGACUAUUUUUCUGUCUUAUUUGUUAUGAAGCAUAAUUGCAAUAAACAACUCAGUGGAUCCAACUCAA